AUGGAGAUUGUCGCGUUGCACGACUUUCCAGACGAGGGAUCUCGUGGGGCCGAUGCGGGGCUCCUGGAGGACAGAUCAAGGUCUCUUCGUCUCGUUCAGGAUGGCCAUGGGGGUGGCGAUAUUGGGACGGUGAAUUAUUUGACCCUGGAGUCCGUGCUCUUCGUCGAUCCGCAUCGAGUAUGGACGACAAAGAUCGAAGUGGGACUCGUAUCCCCCCGGGAGUCUGAUUGGGUGCAAUGGUGGGAUGAACCGCAGCAAGACCAGUUUGGAGAUGAGGCUGCAGGGGUUAUGGCAAUCGAUCUGCCUGGAGGGCAAGUGAAGGAGUGGGAUUAUAACCUGGUCAACCAGAGAGGCACAGACUCUGCCGUGCAACAAGCUGGAUGGAUGUCCAUGUUUGACUAA